AUGUCUGCAGAAUAUGUCCCGAGAUGUCGUAGCUCACCUGAGUUAGCCACUCAAUUCCUCGCAUCUUUGAGUUCGAACCUCAUAUUGUUAUUGUUAUCAGUCUAUCUUUUUCCUGUUGUGCUAUCUGGAGUCCAGGUGACUGCUUAUUUGGUUUCCGUCCUUGCCCAAGCUAGACUAUCACAAACCGCAACUCCAACAGCAUCCUCGAACCAGCAAACAUCAGCAUGGUUGCUUUUUACUCGAAAGCCUACGAAAAGUUUAACUUUUUGGAUCUUUCCCGCCCUCCUAGUAGUCUUCGGGUCGAUCUUGUACUCAGUCUCUGACAAUACUAUCGGUUCCAUCCAAGCUCCCUUCCCAAGCGCCCUCGACCACACAUACGACUCAACAAACAAUUCCCGAUUCGAUAUCGUAAUCAGCAUGUACACAGAAUCACCAGAGUCUGUAAAGACAAUGAUCGAAUCCCUCAAAACCACCUCAUUCCUCCAAACCAUCACGCCCAACGUCAUUGUCUACACCAAAGACCCACAUGCCAAUCUAGAGCUUCUCAAGUCUUCCACAGGAGCCGAUACCAUAUACCAGCUUGAGAACCUCGGCCGUGAAGGCGGCACAUAUCUACACCACAUCGUGUCCAAGUGGGACAAUUUAGCAGAGCAAACGCUCUUCAUCCAAGCCCACGCGCAUAACAUACGGGAACUACUUCCCCGAAUAAACGACUAUCUAGUGGCCGGAACAGGAAUGUUAAGCUUAGGCUUUACGGGAGUUACUUGUGAUUGCAAUAGUUGUACCGAUCGUUGGGGCUGGGAAGACAAAUGGGAGGUUAUCCCACGGCUGUAUGAAAAGAUCUACGACAAGACCUGCGACGACAAUACACAGGUUCUCAUGUCAUACAAAGGGCAAUUCGUCGCCAGCGGUAGACGGAUUAGAGGGAUCAGCAAAGCUAUUUACGAGGAUCUAUUAGCAGCGAUCGCAAGCAGGGAUGGCUGGAGCCAUGAUGCUCAUUAUGUGAUCGGUCCGGAUUCGGGCGAUAAUCCGUAUUUCGGAUUCACGGUUGAGAGAAUAUGGGGGCUCUUGAUGCAGUGUACUGACCUGCGCGUUGCAUAUCGAUGUCCAAGUCUUUUGAGUGGAAUGGGGAGAGCAGGCAAGGUGGAGGACUGUCAGUGUUUGGAUGAUGUGAGGGAGUAA